AUGCUGCAAUACGAGUCGGAAAAACUGCUUGGCCAUCAAAGUGGCGACGAGGCUGUCGAGAUGAUCGAUAUUGAACGGCUUCGCCCACGGCCCAGACGCUUCACGACCUUCCUGACAUGGACCUGGAGGCUAACGAUAUGUUCUCUGAGCCUCUGGGCUUUCGCCAACCUCUCCCUCAACGCCUGGUCCUUCUUCCGUCGUGAUGCCCACUCGCCGUCACAGCCAACAAAGGUUUCUUGCUCGUGCGGCAAUUCUGUGGCUGAUGCUUUGUCAAUGGGCUGCAAAUACGAUGCGUUGGCUUCGGCCUGGCUCCCUCCAGCCUGUAUCGACGCAGACCUGAGCUACGAAUUCGACCACGCGGGACCUGAGCCAGAUGGAUCUUGGAUUUACUACACCGACUACGAUAAGACCGGUACUUACACCUUGGAAGAGGUCUCUCUUCUCGCUGACACGGGUGCCUACUACUACAACACCAUGGCAUGGCAUCUCGCACAUUGCACUUACAACUGGCGCAAGGCUGUGAGAUCCAAGUGGACAGGCGUCACACUGGAGUACCGCAGCGACACAGAGGAGCAUGUCGAUCACUGUGAGAUGAUGUUCAAGGACAGGACACCACUUGACUACGUUGGUACCGUCUCAAUCGUCACCACCAAUGCGGACUGGCAAGAAAUGCAUAAGGAGAUGCAUCCGGAGGCUAUGCAUCCCGACGCUAUGCACCCGGACACUGAUAAGAUGCACCCCGAAAGCGCAAUGCACCCCGAUAUGCAUCCGGACAACAAGAUGCACCCCAAUAUGCAUCCAACUACGUACUAG